CUGGCGAAGCAUCCGAAGCUCGGAUUUGAAAAAGGUGGUGUUACGUUGUACAGGUAGGGGUGGAAGCGAAACUACAAAUACCAGCGUGUGUGGCAAAGAUGAACUUCAAGCAUCGCAUUCCUCAUCAACAAGUUCUUCCCACGGUACCAGUCGUAGUGGUUAAGGAGUCCUCACCAUGUCCACCCUUUUCAAACCACUCAAAGUCGGUGAAGCCCAGCUGGGCCAUCGCGUCGCCAUGGCGCCGUUGACUCGUUUUCGAAGCGACGACAAUUGGCUCCCGCUGCUGCCGAUGGUAAAAGAGUACUAUGAGCAGCGAGCUAGCGUCCCUGGAACGCUCAUUCUGUCUGAAGGGAUGUUUCCCUCGGCUGCUGCCUCGGGCGGUACCACCAACGCCCCCGGAAUCUGGUCCACGGAACAGGUUGAGGCCUGGCGCAAUAUCACCGACGCCGUCCACGCCAAGGGAUGCUUCAUCUGGUGUCAGCUGUGGCAUCCGGGCCGUGCUGGGAGCGAGAGAUACAGUGGCCCAGCCGCCACGCAAAGCACGCCCGAGGUCAUCACUAGGACGGUAUCAUCCAGUGCCGUACCCAUCGGUCCCAAUUCACAAGUACCCGAGGAGAUGUCCGAGAACGAGAUCUGGGACACGGUCGCCCAAUAUGCCGCAGCCGCCAGGAACGCGAUUGCCGCGGGGUUCGACGGCGUCGAGGUCCAUAGCGCCAACGGGUACUUGCCGGACCAGUUUCUGCAAGACACAUGCAACAAACGCACGGAUGCGUGGGGCGGUUCCGUCGAGAAUCGGGCGCGUUUCCCCAUUGAGGUCGUCAAGGCGGUAGCUGCCGCGAUCGGUGCUAGUCGAACCGGUAUCCGCUUAAGCCCUUACAGUGACUUUGGCGGCAUGUUGAUGGAUGAUCCGGACCCGACCUUUCGUUAUCUCGUGAGUCAGCUGCGUCCGUUGGGCCUGGGAUAUCUACAUCUGAUCGAGGCACGCAUUAGCGGAAACAUCGAGUCAGCGUGUGGAGGCCAGCGGAGCGUCGACUGGCUAGUCAGACUGUGGGAAAAUGCCAGUCCCGUGCUGCUUGCUGGCGGCUUCACGCCCGAGAGCGCGAGGAAGGCAGUCGACCAGAUAUAUGCCGGGUACGACGUCGUCAUUGCUUUUGGGCGGGCCUUCAUCUCGAACCCUGACCUCGUAUUCCGCAUUAAGAAGGCUAUCGAGCUGGUAAAGCACGAUCGCAGCGUGUUUUACACGCCCAAGCUGGCCAAAGGGUACAUAGAUUAUCCGUUCAGCCUGCAGUUUGAGUCGCAGCUGGUCAGCCAUGCUAUAUAACGGGGUCGACGGGCAAUAGAGCGGGCGGCAACGCGUAUGUAUUGUACAAAGGAUAAGCGAGCCUGGGAGUGUGGCGGCUACAACGAUUAGACAAGACUAGCUAAUGAAAAUG